CUGAUUUCGAAGUUGCCAGCCAUGCAAAAAUAACUCUAAAAUAUGGCUAUUGGGCUGUAUUAUUGUGUUUAUGUUUCACGUGCAGAUCUCGCCGCGCAUGAAUCUUGGCAAGAAGAAUUUUCAAUGCUUCCAGUUGUCUGAAUGAUAUCAAAAUGUCUCAUCGGGGUUGGCAACCUGGAACUGAAGUUGUUGCGAGAUACAGCUUCAAAGGAAGUUCUGAUGAAGAUUUGGGAUUUCAGAAAGGCGACAUAAUGACGAUAGUAACUCCCACAGAGGACCCUAAUUGGUAUCGAGCACGACAUGUUGAUUGUCGUGAAGGUCUUAUUCCUGCCAACUAUAUACAAAAGAGAUCUGAAGUGAAACUGAAUGCAAUGCCAUGGUUUCAUGGAAAGAUUACUCGAGACGAAGCAGAAGCUCUCCUCCAGCCCAGAGAAGAUGGCCUUUUUUUAGUUAGAGAAAGUACAAAUUUCCCUGGAGACUAUACGUUAUGUGUAUGUUAUAAGAACAAAGUUGAACACUACAGAGUAAUAUACAAAGAAAAUAAAUUGACCAUUGAUGAAGAGGAGUAUUUUGAGAAUUUAUCAAGAUUAGUUGAGCAUUACCAAAAUGAUGCUGAUGGCCUUUGUACAAGACUGAUGCUAUCUGUUCCCAAAAAAGGAGGACCUGAAUUUUCAGUAGAUUCUCAAGAAUUUGAAAAAGCUGGUUGGACAAUAAAAAUGGAUGAUUUAAAGCUUGGAGAGGUUCUUGGAAAAGGGGAAUUUGGUGAUGUUGUACUGGGAUGUUUUAGAGGUCAAAAAGUUGCCGUGAAAGUGUUAAAAGAUAACAGCAAGCCUGCUCAAACCUUUUUGGCUGAAGCAUCCGUCAUGACCUCCUUGUGCCACAAAAAUCUUGUACAACUUUUAGGUGUGGUCUUCAAUUGGCCUUCUAUAUACAUUGUAACUGAAUACAUGUCCAAAGGAUCUCUAGUGGAUUAUCUGCGGUCAAGAGGAAGAUUGCAUGUAACAAAAAAUGAUCAAAUUCAUUUUGCUACAGACACUUGUGCUGGCAUGGAAUAUCUAGAAUCUCGCCAGGUAAUUCAUCGAGACUUGGCAGCUCGCAAUGUCUUGAUAUCUGAUGACAGUGUAGCCAAGGUUUGUGACUUUGGUUUAGCUCGAGAACAGUCAUUUAAUCUUGAAGGAGGAAAGUUUCCAAUAAAGUGGACUGCUCCAGAAGCACUACGGCACAGUAACUUCUCAAACAAAUCUGACAUGUGGAGUUUUGGAAUUUUGUUGUGGGAAAUUUAUUCUUUUGGUCGAGUGCCUUACCCUAGAAUUCCACUUGCAGAUGUUGUAAAGCAUGUAGAAAAAGGUUAUCGCAUGGAGGCCCCGGAAGGCUGUCCGACAGACAUUUAUGACAUCAUGAAGCAAGCAUGGGACCUUGAACCAGAGAAUAGGCCAACAUUUUCUGAAGUUUUGAAAAGACUAGAACAUUUAAGAGCUCUUACUGAUUGAAAAAUAUGUGAAUAUGUAAAAAUUAGCAAUAUCUCGUAUUGAACUCUGAAGUAUGAAAAUGUAGAUUUGCAGUGCCUUCAGAUUGUGUUUUAAGAGUGUCUAGUGUCUGCAAGAUAAUAAUUAAUGCUUAAAGACAUUCAAGUUUGGAUAUUUUUUUCUCCAACUGUAAACAGGACUUCCAAAUAACUUUUGGGAGCUACUGCAAUAAGUGAAGGAAGUUUGCCUGCAGAUACUCAGUUCAUUAUUGUACAUUAAAAAUAUAUAGUAUAUUUAAGUUAAAUUAUGUCCUAUCUCAUCUGAUGUAAAAUCUUCUCAUUGAACUCUACCGAGCCAUUGUGUUACUUGGCCAGAAUAUUUUUCAUAUUGUUUAUAAUGUUAUAGAAUUUGAUAUGCACAUUGAGUGUCUUAUACAAGUUGUUAUAUUGCAAAUGAAUGAAAAUUGUAAUAUGCCGUCGUAUGUGACUUGUUGCUAAGUUAUUGUGGCUUGAAAUUUCUGUAUUUGUACUGUGUAAAAUAAUAAGAUACAGUGGAAUCUUGUUGCAAUGAAUUUCUAGAAAUCUCAGAAAAAAACGUUAUGCCAAAUUCAGUUAGCAUAAAUAAAUAAGGAUAGUGGAAAUUCUGCAACAAAGUUCAGAGCAAGUGUAGGACAGUAGCGUGAUGGUUUAAAUGUUUGAAACAUUGAAAUCCAUGUAAGAAAAUCUUCUCUUGGCAAAUUGUAAAUAAGUAGUUACUGAUAUGGUUUAGAUGGGUUUUAAAUGCAAAAUUUUGUUCACAUAUAAAUAUUUUAAUUAGUCCAAAAAUUUAAAAUGUACUUAACAAAUAUGAAUUAUUAUCGUGUUAUGACCAUCCGCUCGCUCUCUUAUGCAUUUAUGUUGGAUUCUGUGACAUUCACUGAUAUGAACAGUUUCUGUUGCAGAAGAUGAACAUGUUUGCUACUGUUGUCACGUCUGACUGCUGCUGUAUGAAUCAAUGAAACGAGUGCCACUGAUGCCAAAUAAUUUUAGAAGAAUUAAUUUAGGUUGAGCUUUUAAAUUGAAAAGGAAUUGAAAAAUUAAUUUACACUAGAUUGAUGUUCUUGUCCCGAAAAUCAUUUUGUGAAUAAAAGUUGAUUCAGUACUGUGAAAUUUUCAUCAGAUUGGCAUAAGAUAAUUUAAAAUUAUUUUUCCUAUUUAAAAAAAUUCAUUUAAAUGAGAUUCUGCUGUAGGAAUUAUUUUAUGUUUAUUUUGCCUGAAGAGAUCUAAGCUCAUCAGAUUUUAUAAAAAAUACUUCCAAAUUUUAUAUUUAUUUGUACCAUUACUAUGCAUUGAAUUAAUAAUGAAUAUGCAAGAAAAAUAUUUUUUCAUGCCAAUUCUCUUUAGUAUCAUUUUAGGCCUGUCCAUUAAAUGCAUGAGUUCAAUUGAAUAAUUUGAAAAAAUAUUUUUUUCAUUGUCAUUUGUGUACAGACAUUUGUAGAGAACGCUAGUCAUCCUAAAAUGACUACCAUUUUUAAAAUUUGUUAUCUAACAUUUUGUACUUAAAAAAUGUGCUUAAUAUGAGUCAUAAGUUUAGGAAAGACUGUGCCUUAUAUAUUACUUUGGGCUUUUGUAUCUAAACCUUUUAAUGCAAAUGUUUUUAAGGAGCCUUUUAUUCAUAGUUCUAAAAUUUUUGAUUUUAACUCAUCAUGUCAGAACAACUCAAAGAAAAAACGCCAAAUUAUCUGCUCAAUUCAGGAAUUGUUGCAGUAAAAAGUGCACAUAAAUGCAUUCAAUGAUUUUAGAAUGAGCUGCUGUACUUUUUGAAAAAUACAAGGAAAAAAAUGAUUUUAUCAUUUUUGUUUCCUUUAUGUUAUUUCUUAAGAAAACUGAUGUGCUGUAAAUUGCAUAGUUAUAUAUUUUUU